AUGCGACGACGAGCCAUCCCUCCUUUGACCGUUGACUUGGACAGCAGCGACGCCACCAGUAGCCAGCAGCAGGGCAAGCGUGGAGGAGGAGGGGAUCAAGACACUCCCGAUGACUCCUCUAGGGCGCGUUCCUCUGCUCUUCCGUUCCGUUUCAGCAUAGGGCUGCCUUUUGGUGGGUUGUGGGAGAGCAGAGUGGUUAAAGCUGUGGCGCCUGUGGCGGAGGGAGUGUGGGAGUGGAUGGGGGGGAGCAUGACCCCUGUGGGAGUGGAUGAGGCGGAAGGGGAGGGAGUGCGGUAUGAGGUGGUGGGCGGUGGGUUUUACGGGGUGGAUGGGGAUGAGACAGGGAGUGAGAGUGGUAGGGACACGCCUGGGUCCGCUCGUGCUGGUCUAGACGGCCUUGGCUGUGCGCCUAUGCGUGAUUCAGCCAAGCUUAUGAGCGCCGGGGCGAAGGUGCGGAGGGAGAGCCAGCAGGCAGUGCCGGGAGUGGUGGGCUGGGAGAGGAGCGGUAGGAGCGUGGGGCAAGGGCAGGGCGGAUGGGAGAAGGUGGGAGGGUUGGGAGGGACGGGCUGGUUGGGAACGGAUGUGGAAGGAAGAGAGGGGGGCACGGGUUUGGGGGGUCAAGUACGGAACCAGGAACGGGAGCAGGGGUUGCAGGGGCAGGGAUUGCAGGAGCAAGCGUUGAGAGAAGGCGACGCGGAAGGGCAGGUGGGAGAUGGCGGGGAAAACAGAGAUGCGAAUGGAGGGGCGGGCGGGGGCAUGGCAGCCGACAAUGAGCAGGGAGAAGGUGCGGGAGCGGUAGCAGAGGGGAUGCAUGAGGAGGCAGGAGCAGGAGGAGAGAGUGGGGGAGGGGAACAAGGUGGGGGAGGUGUAGCAGAGGGGGUGCAUCAGGAAGCAGCAGCAGGAGAAAGUGAGGGAAGGGAAGGAGAUGGGUCAGAGCCCUUGGGUACCGCCACUCAGGAAGACUCAGAUCAAAGCGAAGCUCACCAAGAAGCACCAGAGCAGCAGGCCAACUCAGAGCAGAUCCAAGAACAGCCGGCAGACACGAACAGCACUAGCAGCGGCGGCGGGGACGGCAGCAUCAGCAGCACCACCACCACCACCACCACCUCGACCACCAGCGAGCUGUGGCGCCGACCCGCCUCUCUGAUGUUCCACACGCGCACAUCCCGCCGUUGCAGGGAGCAGCGCACCAUGGCAGCAUGUGGGCCGCGGCAGGGCGUGGUGGUCGCGCGGGGCAGCCUGGAGCAGCGCAUGGAGGCUGUCUGCGCCACAGAGGCCCUCACUGUGCUCGCCAACACCCGCUUCCGCGCCCUCUGGACCCUCCGCCCCCGCCCCCGCUUCUUUCCCAAACGCUCCCACAGCCUCCCCCAAAGCCGGAACGCCGGGGGGAUGCUUGGGGGAGGGCGGCAGCAGCGGCGGAGGCUCUUAGGGGAGAUGAUGACAGGAGAAGAGGAGCUGAGGAGGCUGAGAGAGGCCAGGCGGAGGAGGAUGAGGAGGAGGAGAGGGGAGGGAGUGGGGGCAGCGGAGGGGGAGAGACAGGGGGGAGAGGCCGGGAGUGGGGGGGUGGAGGGGAGCAUGGCGGGGGAGGUGGGGAUGGUGCGGUUUGGCGACCUGUUUGAUGCGCGCAUGCCUGUGGACGUGCAGGAGAACGCCACUGAGUUCCUGCUGCGCCAUGUGGUGGCAGGGGAGAAGCUCAUGCGUAGAGAGAUAUCCUUCAUCCGCUGCCCUGAGCCGUCAGCCGGCAGGGUGGCAUCAGGAGCAGAGCUGCUGAGGGUGGCACCAGACGUGCGCCGCUACGCCCAGGAGGUCUCCCGCAUGCGCCAAGCCACUGGCUGGUCUCCCCAGCAGGAGGGGAUUUCCCAGGAAAUGAAUUCCCAAGGGUGGGAUUCCCAGGGUUCCGCCAGCAGCAACGGCACGAGGGUGGAGAGCGGUGCAGACCGGUACGGGCACUGGACGGGACGGCUGCACCUGUACACUGUGCGGGGUCUAGUGCUGCCGGACUUUGCCGACCGGCGCGUGGCGUGCCGGUACGAGGAGGAGGUGCGGGUGUGCCUGGGGAAGCUACAGCCGUCCGAUGCCGUCCUCUCUCUAAUUCGCCAGGAGGAGGAGCAGGAGGGUGGAGAAGGCGAGGAGGAGAGGGAGAAGAGGGGAGGGGCGGGUGAUGGGGAGAAUGGAAGUGAGGGGAGGGAGGAGGAGGAGGGUUCACGAGCGCGAGGAGUGGGGGAGAGGCGGGAUGGCAGCAGCAUUGGAGAGAUUGUUGCUCGGAGCACAGCAGUGUAUCUGGAGGCCCGUGCGCUGCCCUGUGCUGGCUGCCCGCCUGCUGACCUCCUCAACUGCACCAUGCGCCGCAUCGCAUACCACUACAUGCGCACACACGCCCCUUCUCCUUCCUCUGACUCCUCCUCAUACUCCUCCUCCUCGUCUUCUUCCUCCUCCGACUCCUCCCGCUUGCUGCCUGACUUCCUAGUCGGCGCAUACUGGCCGUCGGAUGCUCAGACGCUCAUCUCAGCCUUCCAUCCGCUCCGCCGGCCGUACCUCCUCAGGCUGACACGUCGGCGCCAGGUGGCAUGCCCGUCACCACCCCCUCUUGCCCUGCGCCCCGAGCGGGGAUCGUUAAGGUCUGAGGAGCAGAUGGGGAUGCGAGGGAUCAAGUACAGGCGGGUGGGAUGGCGAACGCAGGGGGCAGGAAGAGGAGGAACGCAGGGAGGAGACAGGGAGGGCGCACAGGGCGCACAGGGUGCACAGGGCGCACAGGGCGCACAAGGAGGACAGGAAGGACAGGGAGGGCAGCAGCAAGACCCGCUACCACAGCUGCCCCAGCAGCAGCAGGUGCGGUUUGUUGACCCACCGAGAGCAGCAGGACAGGGCGUGGCUCUAGACCUCAGAGUGGUCAGUGCAGUGGGCACGGGUACACAGGGCACUGGCGGAGGCUGGCAGGGAGCGGGCGGGCAGGGGGCGGGUGCACAGGGAGGGGGCGGGCAGGGAAGGGACGGGCAAGGCGGGGGCGGGCAGAAGGGCCAGUACUGGGCAAUGAAGCAGCGGCUGAAGCAGCUGGCGCAGGAGAGGCAGAAAGCCCUUGAGGGGGAUAGUUCAGGGGGCGCUCUUGGGGGCUCUGGCAGUGCCGUGCAGGGAGGUUUUGCGCAGGGUGGGGGAGGGGAGGGAGGGGGCGGGGAGGGAGGAAACGGGCAGAAGGGGCAGUACUGGGCGAUGAAGCAGCGACUGAAGCAGCUGGCACGGGAGCGGCAGCGGAGGAGAGGCGUCCGUGGGGGGAACGGGUCAGGGGCCGCUCUUGGUGGCUCUGGCAGUGGGGCGUUGAACAGGCGAAGGCUUUUGGGUGCUGACUUGGCGCUGACGUGGCAACAGCUGGCGGAGUUGCAGGAGGAAGAGGCGGCUCGGAAGGCCGGGGCGUCCAAGCGGAGAGAUGACCGGCUGUGUGCUCGCCUCAGGCUGGCGGAGCUGUAUUGGCUGUCACGGGCGCAGGCCAUGUUCAGUCUGUACCGCAGCACAGCGGCCGACUUCAUCCGCGCCCAGAUGGCCUUCCGCCUGCACCACGCUUCCACCUCCUCCUCCACCACCUCCACCACCACCACAAAUGGGGAGGGCGGGAGCGUGGAUGAUACAAGUGCCACCAGCGCUGCUGCUGACGCUAGUGCUGCUGCUGGUGGAGGGACGGGUGAUGAGCUGAGUGUGUGUCAAGCGCCCCCUGUGCUGCCUAUCAUCAAGAGCCGUGCAGCUCGCCACAUGAUCGUGGAUGAGCGCCUGAAGGCCAUGUACUGCUACAUCCCCAAGGUGGCAUGUACGAGCUGGAAGCUGUGGUUCCAGCAGCAGCGCGGCCACACCAUCCCUGAUGACAUAGAGCAUGUGCACGAUGCUGACACCAGUGGCCUCGAUCAGCUGUGGCACGCAUUCACAGAGAGCGAGGCCAUCCGUGUGCUGACCCGCCCAGACAUGUUCCGCUUCACAUUCGUGCGCAACCCCUUCUCCCGUGUCGCCUCUGCUUACCUCAACAAGCACGUCGCCUGGGCCGAUCCUAAGGAUCGCCUGGAGUGGAACAAGAGAUUCUUCGCGUGGAAGGGCGCCAGGCUGCUGCAGAUAGCGCCAGAGGGUGCGGACUACAACAUGACCUUCGCCACCUUCAUCACGCUCGCCCUCGCCACUGUCAGCAAGCACCGUGCCGACAUGGAGCCGCACAUUGCACCCCAGGCGGAUGUGUGUGACCUCGAGAGCGUCAAGUAUGACUUUGUGGGGAGAUUCGAGCAGCUGGAGGAGGGCGUGGAGUAUGUGAUGAACCACCUUGGCACUUCACCCUUGAAAGCCUUCGGGGUUGGCAAGGAGGCGCAUCGCACCGAUGCUGAUGCACACCUGCGGGGAAUGUACACCAAGGAAAUAUACGAGAUGGUGAAGGGGCUAUAUGCGGAAUGGAGGAGGAAGAAGGCCAUCGAGCUUGAGGAGAAGGCUCGUAUUUCAAGAGAGAAGCAUCAACAGGUGCUGGAGGACUCGAAAGCCGAGCUUGAAGCAUUUUACAAGAAGCGUGAGAUGCAAGUCACACAGGCCAAGACGAACAACAGGGAGAAGGAGAAGGCAUACGUGGACAACCUCUUGAGCCUCAACUCUAAGCAGGGUGGGAACUACUGGGAGAGUGUGUGUGCGUUUACAAACUUUGACGUAUCCAUUAAGAAAGAGAAGGCGAAGAAGAAGGAUGAGCCGACUCGCAUGUCAACUCAGCUUAACGAUGCUAAACCGGGCAAGCAUACCGAUCUAGCCCGCAUGCGCCAGGUAUUGCUGAAGCUGAAGCACAAUCCUCCUCCAUCCUUUGCGGCUGCUGCCACUACCGCUGAUGCUCCCGCUGCUGCUACAACCACAUCUUCCAAGUCAUCAAAGUCCAAGGCAGCUGCAAAGUAG